GAUCCAUGGGAUUUAGAAUUUUUAUUCCUAUAGGCUGUGGUUUCGGCCUUUUCGGGGUCUGGGAAGUAGCUUAGCAGCUGCGUUUGUUGCAGAGGGUUGUAGCUACUGUAAUCUCUAACUAUUUGGGUGCAGCGAUGCCUUAGGCCCUUAGCUAUGGCACCGUUAAAAAUGGAACCCUGCUGUUCAGAAACAGACUCUGUCAGUGGUAUUUGUGUUUUGCCUUACACGUUAUCUUUAGGUUGCUUUUCUUAAACCUGCGGUCCUCAAGUGGUAGAUGCUGAAGGAGAUUGGAAGGCCUACUCGCCAAGAAAUUUUUAUAGGUGAUCAGUCAUACACGAUUGGAUGAUCCCAUUUUCCAACCAUCCAUAUCAAUUGAUUCUCUGCUUCGAUCAGAUAUUGCAAGGAAGGAAAAGCAGCAUCCUUCCUCGUCACCUCUAGGAGGGGGGGGGGAGAGAGAGAGAGAGCACCUUCUCUCUCUAAAUUCUGGCCAUAUGGGGUGGGUUUGGUAAAUUAUCCAAGUGAUUUAGGUUCAUCUUUGACAGAAAAAGGGUGGCAGCAGAAAGCAGUUGAGGUGACGGGUGGAUAAGGCCAAGUUCAAAUUUUCAUUUGACCAAUAAAACUUCACUAGCCAUCAGUCAACAAUCACACUCAUACCAUCAAUAAAUGAAAAAUUAAACCACCAUAAUUUUGCAUCUGUACUGGGAUUGGGGGACUCCCUGCUCCAGUGCUCCCUAGUACUGCUAUGUGACUUGUAGCAUCGGAUGCUUUAGCAAAGUAGGGACAUUUUAAGUUUGAUUUUAGGGUUUCAAGUGUAGCUGUGUUCAUGGAGAGGUGCUAUCUUCCUGCCUUGCCUGAAGAGGCAUGUUUGCUUCAAUACCAUGCACUUAAUGUUGGACCCUUUCUCCUUCGAUGGCCGCCUCCGUCGCCUCUCAUGCCUCCUCACGACUCUGCUUCUUUCCCGGUUCAUGGGCUUCCUCCGUCGUCUUUGUUCAUGGAGGAGAUUGCACAAGAUAGAGCUACCGCUGCUUCUAAGAGCCACAGCCAAGCAGAGAAACGCCGUCGAGAGAGGAUCAACUCACACCUUACCACUCUCAGGAAACUUAUUCCACGGUCUGAUAAGAUGGAUAAAGCUGCUCUAUUAGCCAGUGUAAUUGAUCAUGUGAAGGAUCUAAAGAGAAAAGCAGUUGAGAUCAGCCAAGUUUUCACAAUUCCCAAAGACGUUGAUGAAGUCAUUGUCGAUUGCGAUCGAAGUGUAGAACCCACUACCACUGCCACCACCACCACCGCCACCAACGACGACGACAACAACAACAGCAAAAAUGGUUUUUUCAUCAAGGCUUCUCUUAGUUGCGAUGACCGCCCAGAACUUUUCACGGAUCUCAUUCAAGCCCUCAAAGGGUUGAGGUUAACAACAGUAAGAGCAGAAAUGGCUACUAUGGGUGGAAGGAUUAUAAAUGUUAUGGUCCUUUGCACCAAAGAUUGUCAAGAGGGUGUGUGCUUAAGCUCCCUCAAACAGUCUCUUAAGGUGGUUUUGAAUAGAAUUGCUUCUACAUCGAUGGUGUCGAUGAAUGGCCGUUCAAGCAAGAGGCAAAGGAUCUUGUUGCCAUCAUAUUACUCAGAGAGUUACAGCGAUCACCAUGAACCUUCUUAUGUGUAAUAAUUGUCAGAUUUCUGGAUUUAUCGUUUGUAUUUGAUGUUUUGAUUUUUUUUUUCUUUACAUCUUUUGGAUAUUUUGUUUUUCUUUCUCGCUUGCAUAUAUGAACAUCUGUCGCUCUCCUGGUGUGUUUCCAACCGAGUACUUAGCUUUAAUAUAAUUUCAUAUUAAUCUUUC